AUGGCAGUGGUCGUUGGGCUGUUGGUCACCUUAACGUACGGGUACGACUGGCCAAUCGUCGACUUCCCAUGCGAUCAGGCGGAGAUCGACGCCACCAAGUGUUUGGGCGCGAAGGACUGCCUAUACCCGCACCCGUCCAACUGUAACCGUUUCAUACAGUGUAACGACGCCGGCCUGGCCUACGACAUGCCCUGCCCGGCGACCCUGCACUUCAGCAACAGCAAGAAGGAGUGCGAUUACCCGGCACAGGCCGGUUGUGAGCCUAAGCCCAAGCCGCCCACCACUACUACACCCAAGCCUAAGCCCGAUCCCAAUGUGUGCUCGUUGGAGGACAUCGCCAACACCGGGUGUAAGGGCCCCAAGGACUGCAUGUAUCCGGUGCCCGGCCGGUGCGACCAGUUCUAUCACUGCGAGGUCGACGCGGGCGGUGUCACCGGCACUCCCGUUGUGAAGGACUGUCCCGGCGGUCUGGAGUGGAACGAUAUCAAGAAGGAAUGCGAUUGGCCCGUCAACUCUACCUGUCCCAAAGGGCCCACUAGCCCUAAACCUGAUACACCGGCACCACCUCCGAGUCCCACCACACCCGAGGCCACACCAGAGCCCACAACAAAACCCACACCUAAACCGUCCAAUGUGUGCUCACUGGAGGACAUCGCCAACACCCAGUGCAAGGGCCCGAAAGACUGCAUGUAUCCGGUGCCCGGCCGGUGCGACCAGUUCUACCACUGCGAGGUCGACGCGGGCGGUGUCACCGGCACACCCGUUGUGAAGGACUGUCCGGACGGUCUGGAGUGGAAUGAUAUCAAGAAGGAAUGCGAUUGGCCCGUCAACUCUACCUGUCCCAACAAACCCCCCACUGACGCCCCCACCACCACAACUACCACAACCACUACACCAAAACCCACUGACGCAAUCACUACACCAAGUACUCCUAAGCCCACGACCAAACCAUCGGGCUUUGUCUGCCCCGUCGACGACAUCAUUAACACCCAGUGCAAGGGUCCGGAGGACUGCAUGUAUCCGGUGCCCGGCCGUUGCGAUCAGUUCUACCACUGCGAGGUUGACGCGGGCGGUGUCACCGGCACUCCCGUUGUGAAGGACUGUCCGGCGGGUCUGGAGUGGAACGACGACAAGAAGAUAUGCGACUGGCCGGUCGACUCCACCUGCCCUAAGCCAACCCGACCGACUAGACCUACCCGUCCUACUAAGCCUACACGUCCCACAAGGCCUACACGUCCCACAAGGCCUACACAUCCAACCAGACCUACCCGUCCGACCAGACCAACCCGUCCCACAAGGCCUACCCGUCCGACUAGACCUCAACGACCUACUAGACCCACCCGCUAUCCAAGACCUACCUGGCCAACUUGGCCUACAUGGCCUACGUGGCCUACUUGGCCCACAUGGCCUAGACAAAACUAG